AUGACCAAGGUUGUUGCUGCAGUGCUGUUGCUGGCAGUGUGCUCCCAGGCCUACCCUAUCCAGGUGCAAGAAGAUGUACAGCACGGAAUACCUGAGCAUAUCGAGCAGCUGCUUCAACAUGUGCCUCAGGUGCAGUACAGCCACGAGCCCGAGGCGCAUGACGUAGAAGUUCAUCACGAUGCUCAUCCAAAAUACGAGUUCAAGUACGGUGUGAAGGACACACACACUCAUGACAUCAAGGAGCAGGCUGAGAAACGUGACGGCCACAAAGUCGAAGGUUACUACAAGCUGCUGGAACCAGAUGGCACCACCCGUACAGUCGUGAGUCUGGUCGCCAUGUUAGCACUGUCUGCAUUAGCCGUGCCAGUGUAUGAGCAGCAUCAGGUGAUAGAAGAACACCACUACGAACCAGCCCACUACGAGUUCAAGUACGGUGUGAAGGACCAACACACACACGACAUCAAGGAGCAGGCAGAGAAACGUGUAGGUGACAAGGUCGAGGGCUACUACAGCCUGCUGGAGCCCGACGGCACAACCCGAAUUGUCAAAUACUCUUCGGACAAGCACACCGGCUUCAUUGCUCAAGUCGAAAAGUCCGGACACGCUAGUCACCCUGUGCCCGUCAAGAAAGUUAUCGCCCCUAUCAAGAAAGUAAUCUACCCCGUGAAGAAAGUAGUUUACCCUGUCAAGUACCUGUCAUAUGAGCCAGCUCUUCAGCAUAGUUACACUCAGGCAGCAUCUGUUUAUAAGGGACCUGCUCAAACUUACUCUAACGAACAUUCAUCUCAGUCUGAAGGGAAUGCU